GAAUCUGUCUUUUGGUAUCUCUAAACCUCUCUUUGCCUUGUUCUUGUUCUUGUUAUCCACCAUGUUGGUGAGAGCUAUUAUGGUUGAUUGUUGAUCCAAGAAGGGUGUUCUUGAGGUGUUUGUAAUCCUCUAGCUAGUCUAGAGAGGACUUGUAAUCCCACCAAAGUCUAGUGGAGUUGUGGCUUGGACAAAGGUCCCGUGGUUUUUCCCGAUUUGGGUUUUCCACGUAAAAAUCGUGUGUCUUGUGCAUUCUAUUCUUGCUUGUGGUUGCUGCCCGGUUUCUCAACAGUGGUAUCAGAGCCUGGUUGUUUGGGGGCUGUGUUUGGUGAAUGGCAAGAAUGGAUGACUCAAGUGGAGCAAUGAUUAAGUUGACAUCUUCCAACUACUCUAUUUGGAAGCCACGGAUGGAGGAUAUUCUGUUUUGCAAGGAUCUCUAUGAGCCAAUUGAAAAUGGCAGCGAGAAGCCGGAAGACAAGACUGAGAAGCAAUGGGAGAUCUUGCAUAGAAAGGCGGUGGCAAUCAUUCGACAAUGGAUUGACCAAAGCAUCUUCCAUCAUGUUGCAAAAGAUACAAGAGCAGAUGAAUUGUGGCAGAAAUUGGAGUCCAUGUAUGAGAGGCAAUCAGCUCAAAAUAAAGCCUCACUCAUUCGAAGAAUUGUGAACUUGAAGUACAAGGAUGGACAUAGUGUCUCGGAGCAUUUGAGUGACUUUCAAGGGCUUGUGAACCAGCUAACUACUAUGAAGUUAGCACUUGAUGAUGAAGUGCAAGCAUUGUUACUUCUCAGUUCUUUGCCGGAUAGUUGGGAGACUUUGGUGGUCUCACUUAGCAACUCAGCACCUAAUGGCAAGUUGACGAUGGACAUUGUCAAGGAUAGCAUGUUGAAUGAAGAGGCAAGGAGAAAAGAGUUGGGGAUUACAUCAGAGUCACAUGCUUUGGUGGCAGAUAAUUCUGGAAGUCGUGGAAGAAGCAGAAAUCGAAAUUCCAACUUCAAGAACUCUCAGAAUCGAAGUAACAGCCGAGGGAGAUCAAAAGGAAGAUCAAAAUCAGUGUCAAGACCAAGAGGAGAAAUCACAUGUUAUCAUUGCAACCAGCCCGGACACAUGAAGAGAGAGUGCAGAAUCUUGAAACGGGAACAAGCUAGAGGAAAAGGUGUGGAAAACCGAGAAAAAGAUGAUACUACUGCUGCUGCCACAGAUGGUGAUGUAGUCAUUGUUUGUGAUGCCGGUUUUGUCAACCUUGCUUGUCAAGAGAGUACAUGGGUUGUUGACUCGGGUGCCUCAUUUCAUGUGACCUCGCGGGUUGAUUUUUUCUCUUCCUACACAAACGGUAACUAUGGUUGUGUGAGGAUGGGAAAUGAUGGUGCAUCAAAGAUUGUUGGCAUGGGUGAUAUUCAUCUAGAGACCAACACGGGUUGCAAGCUAGUCUUGAAGGAUGUGAGACAUGUUCCUGACAUGAGGCUGAAUUUGAUAUCCACGGGAAAGCUUGAUGAUGAUGGUUAUACCAACUAUUUUGGAGAAGGAAAAUGGAAGCUCUCAAGAGGUUCUCUUGUGGUGGCUAAAGGCAAGAAGGAAAGUACGCUCUACAUGACGAAUGCAAAGCAUAGCAAGGGAGGAAUCAAUGUUGCUGAAAAAGAUUCUUCCAUUGAGCUUUGGCAUAAGAGACUCGGUCAUUUGAGCGAGAAGGGGCUGCAAAUACUCUCCAAGAAACAACUUUUGCCCGGAGUUAAAGGUACCCUUCUUAAAAAUUGUGUUCAUUGCUUAGCCGGAAAAACUCAUAGAGUUGCAUUUCAUAGAUUUCCACCUUCUAGAAGGAGUAAGGUACUUGAUCUAAUUCACACCGAUGUUUGUUUUAUGCGAGAUAAAACUCUUGGGGGUGCAAGCUAUUAUGUUACCUUCAUCGAUGAUCACUCAAGGAAGGUGUGGACAUAUGCUUUGAAAACAAAGGAUCAAGUGCUAGAUGUUUUCAAGCAAUUUCAUGCUGAAGUGGAAAGGGAAACCGGCCUGAAGUUGAAGUGUGUAAGGGCUGAUAACGGGGGAGAGUAUAGAGGUCCAUUCGAAAGCUACUGCAGAUUGCACGGAAUUAAACUGCAGAAAAGUGUACCCAAGACUCCACAACAAAACGGUGUCGCCGAGAGGAUGAAUAGAACAAUUUGUGAGAGAAUCAAGUGUAUGCUCUCACAUGCCAAGCUACCUAAAUCAUUUUGGGGAGAAGCAAUGCGGACAGCCGUUGAUCUAAUCAACCUUUCGCCAUCGGUCCCUUUGGAGGGUGACGUGCCUCAACGAGUAUGGACGGGAAAGGAAGUCUCAUAUGAGCACUUGCGAGUGUUCGGUUGCAAAGCCUAUGUUCAUGUUCCAAAAGAUGAGAGAGCAAAGCUUGAUGACAAAGCAAAGCCAUGUAUAUUCAUGGGCUAUGGGCGUGAAGAGUUUGGGUACAGAUUAUGGGAUCCAAUUGCAAGGAAAAUUGUUCGGAGCCGGGAUGUGAUUUUUCUUGAAGAUGAGACAAGUGAAGACAUCGAAAGGGGUGAAAAGAAGAAAAAUACAGCAGCUGGUCCAGUUAAUUUGGAGCCUAUAUCUCCAUCCCAAAUGCAUGAAAAUGUUGAGGAAGUAGUGCAUGAUGAGCCCCAAGGUGCACUAGAUCAAGAAGUGCAAGGAGAAGAGCAAUUGGAGCAAGAAGAACAAGUUGAAGAAGAGCAACCUCUACCCGAACCAAGAAAGUCAACAAGAGAUCGCAAAACUUCCACUUGGUACUCCCCCCAUGAGUACCUAUUGUUGACUGAAGGGGGAGAACCCGAAUAUUAUCAAGAAGCCAUGUCUCAUGAAGACAAGGAGGAGUGGAACAAAGCAAUGCAAGAAGAGAUGAAGUCUUUGCAAGAGAAUCACACCUAUGAUUUGGUGAAACUACCCAAAGGAAAAAGAUCACUUAAGAACAAGUGGGUCUACAAGUUAAAGACGGAAGAAACUAGUUCAAAGCCUCGGUUUAGGGCGCGACUAGUUGUGAAAGGUUUCAACCAAAAGAAAGGUGUUGACUUUGAAGAAAUUUUCUCUCCCGUGGUGAAGAUGUCCUCUAUACGAGUUGUGCUUGGGUUGGCUGCAAGUUUGGACUUAGAAGUUGAACAACUCGAUGUGAAGACGGCGUUUCUUCAUGGUGACUUAGAAGAAGAGAUAUACAUGGAUCAGCCGGAAGGGUUCGAGGUUAAAGGCAAAGAAGAUCUUGUAUGCAGAUUGAGAAAGAGCUUAUAUGGGUUGAAGCAAGCACCAAGGCAAUGGUACAAGAAAUUUGACUCAUUCAUGGUCAAAAACGGGUAUGCAAGAACUACCUCAGAUCAUUGUGUGUUUGUGAAAUACUUUGCUGAAAAUGAUUUCAUCAUUCUCUUGCUUUACGUGGACGACAUGUUGAUCGUGGGUCGGAAUGUUGGAGAGAUUGAAAGAUUGAAAAAGGAGUUGAGUAAAUCCUUUGCCAUGAAGGACUUAGGACCGGCGAAACAAAUUCUAGGGAUGAGAAUCUCUAGGGAUCGAAAGAAUGGAAAAAUUUGGUUGUCUCAAGAAAGGUAUAUUGAAAGAGUUCUUGAGCGGUUCAACAUGAGCAAGGCUAAGGCGGUUAGUACUCCACUUGGAGGACAUUUCAUAUUGAGUUCGAAGCAUUGUCCUACAAGUGAGGAAGAGAAAGAAGCAAUGAAGAAUGUGCCUUAUGCAUCAGCUGUUGGGAGCUUGAUGUAUGCUAUGGUUUGCACAAGACCGGAUAUAGCUCAUGCAGUUGGGAUUGUCAGUCGGUUUCUUUCCAAUCCGGGGAAAGAACAUUGGACAGCAGUGAAGUGGAUUCUUCGCUACUUGAGAGGUACUUCUAGAGUGUGCCUAUGCUUUGGUAAUGGCAAGACCAUACUUGAUGGAUAUACCGAUGCUAAUAUGGCAGGUGAUAUGGACUCUAGAAAGUCGACUUCUGGUUACAUGAUGACUUUUGCAGGUGCUGCAGUUUCAUGGCAAUCUAAACUGCAAAAAUGUGUUGCAUUAUCAACAACAGAAGCCGAGUACAUAGCUGUGACAGAAGCUUGCAAAGAGAUGCUAUGGUUGAAGAAGUUUCUUCAAGAGUUGGGCAUCAAGCAAGAGAGGUAUGUGCUCUAUUGUGAUAGCCAAAGUGCAAUACAUCUUUGCAAGAAUCCUACUUUCCACUCAAGGUCGAAACACAUAGAUGUUCGAUAUCAUUGGAUUCGUGAUGUUUUGGAAGAGAAGUUGUUGGAGCUCAACAAAGUGCAUACGGAUGACAAUGGUUCGGACAUGAUGACUAAGUCUCUACCAAGUGGAAAACAUAUCUUCUGUCGAGAUGAAGCAGGUUUGGUACUAACCCCCAUAUGAGCUGGAGGGGGAGAUUUGUUGGGUUGGUCCAACUCAUAUGGUGGUUGGAUUAACCGGUUUGAGUUUGAGUUUUGGUUGGUUUCUAGAAGAUCCUCUAUUUUUAAAAUAGAGAGUUAUUGUCUACUUAAAAGUAAAAAGUGGUGACAGCCUUUCAUCUUCCUAGAGAGAGAGAAUCAAGAAAAGAGAAGAGAUAAGAAAAAAAGAGAGAAGUGAAGAGGAGCUGCAGAUUUUUCGUUUCUGCAGCAGGGCAGUCUGUUCAAGUGAGCGUUCCGGAAGAUUGCACCGUUGGAUCGUCCUGAAAUUUGGACAGUGGGUUCGCGAUUCUCUGGGCUUCAUUCUGACCGGAGGGAUCGUCAUUCUGAGGUCUAGUUCGUCGGAAUCGCUCCUGGACAGAAGGUGUACGAAUCUGUCUUUUGGUAUCUCUAAACCUCUCUUUGCCUUGUUCUUGUUCUUGUUAUCCACCAUGUUGGUGAGAGCUAUUAUGGUUGAUUGUUGAUCCAAGAAGGGUGUUCUUGAGGUGUUUGUAAUCCUCUAGCUAGUCUAGAGAGGACUUGUAAUCCCACCAAAGUCUAGUGGAGUUGUGGCUUGGACAAAGGUCCCGUGGUUUUUCCCGAUUUGGGUUUUCCACGUAAAAAUCGUGUGUCUUGUGCAUUCUAUUCUUGCUUGUGGUUGCUGCCCGGUUUCUCAACAAGUUGUUCGAAUGUCUUCCAGAAAGCAUCGUCGUUCGAAUCGAGUUGCAAGUUUACGAUAGACUGCUCUUGCGAUGGUGGUCUUGCCUAUUCCACCAAAACCAUGCAGGCCAAGCAUUAUUGUACCUGGAGAGUCUAAGCUCAGUUUCUCCACUACUGCUUCCACAUGGUCAUCCAUUCCAACCAACUCAUCUACACCAAGAAGAUCUUCACUUCUGUUUAUAUGCGACCAAACAACGCUGGAAACACGAUCUAUUAUAGUUGCGUGCCUGUAAAAUUAAAUAUGAGGCAUGUUAUUUGCCGCCAACUUUUUUAAUAUUUGCCACCAAUUUUUAAAUUUUUAUUUUUAUUUAAAAUUCAGUUUCACAAUGAAUUGUGUUUAUUGUCUAAACUAAGAAAUGAAAUGAAUUUUUUCCUAAACUUAGAAAUGAAUUUUGGUUGGUGCUUAAAUUUGAAAUGAAUUAUGUUUAGUGUU